GUGUAGAUAUUUAGAAGAAACAACAGCAGCAAAAAUAUUCGAGAAUAUUAAUCUGUAUUUCAAGUGUCAUUCUUUCCAGGUACGAUUGCACUCCAGAAUGGCCUGCCUGACACUGUUUUCUGCGCGCCUUAAGAAAUGUUUGCGGCUGCACCCUGGCAGCAGUUGCGCACAAUCUCAACAUGAUCUGUAGCUGCGCAGAUUGAGUGUUUGUAGCCCGCUGGAAUGACACGACGCAUCCUGUCUAUAUUUUUCUGCCCCCUCUCGCAUUGUUCCGGUCGUCUCCUAAUGCGUAGCUCAUGUCUGUGUUUCUUUUACUAGUUGUAAUAUUGUUUUGCUUUGUAUUUUCUUUUUGUCUACUACUGCCCUACAACAAUGCCUUAGAGCGUAGGUAGGCAUGUAAAAAAAGCAUGUGCUUAGGCACACGCUUGCUGCGCAAUGUGACAGACGCGGCGAUCAUCUCAAAGAACUAGCUGGAUUCCCCGACUGAUUUUACAAGUUUGAUUUGUGUUUAAUUUCUACUGAUCAUUCACUUCUGGAUGGUUUAGUGUAAGCGAUAAUGUCUUGCUUCCCUGUAAAAAAAGGGGAAAAAAAAUACGGCAGCUUGUGACUUAGUGCUUAAUCGGGCUGCUAUGCUGGGGAAACUACCUUCGGUCCCCACCAUCUGUCACGUAAUUCAAAUGUUCUUUUUGUUAACUGUGCGCUGUUCGGUAAGACAGCAGCAGCACCCAGCAGCCCAGCAGCCGCGGCUAGCAAAAUCCCGGAGGGUUCGCAAGGAAGGCUUCGCUUUAAAACUGUAGCUGACAGCUUGGAAACGUAGGUAACAUUUGUUUUCCUCACAAAACCAGCAUGUAUGGUUUUGUUCGCUACAGUAUGUAGCUAGUCAUUUCAUCUGUCGUUGUGAGGCAUAUUGAAAACGCGGGUGAGUGCCGUGUUUGAAGCGAUCAACAUCAACAGACAGAGGAAGAAGUAGAAGUGGAGGACCAGAGAUGGCUGCCGUUCCCACCGAAAACGCGACUGUUUCUCAAGGGCAGAAGAUCAACGACGGGGUCUCUCGGCGGCCACGUUCCUCAAGCAAGCGAUGCGUCUGUUGGGUAGUAGCUGCCUUGCUGAGCGGCGGCCUCAUCACUGCCUUGGCGGUCUUUGUGCUCCUACCAAUCGUUUCAAGAUCUGGCCCUAAAGCACCAAGAGGCUGCCUCAUCGCGAGGACGCCGAACGGUUACGCCAAGGGAAGCCUACUUCAGUUCAAGAUCAACGGCACAUCGUACAACUCCGUCGCCUUCUACGGCAUCCCGUUCGGCGCCUCGACGACCGGAGACGGGCGGUUCGCUGAGCCCCGAUGCGCCCAGCCCUGGCACGACCUGUUCAACGCCACGUACAAACGACCCCCCUGCGCCCAGUCGGACACGCAUUUUGGUCGCACUUACGUCAUCGACGCCUCGAACACCACGGAAGACUGCCUGCACAUCAACGUCUGGGUGCCCGGCAAAUGCGUGACCGACCUGUUGGGCGGCGAAAACCAUCGCGCCGUCGUCUUCUGGCUCUUCGGUGGCUCUUUCGUGAGCGGAGGCAACAGCUACGACUUCUUCGACGGCCGCUUCGUGGCAGGCUUGGGAGACGUGCUCGUCGUCACGCCUAACUACCGGGUGACGUCGUUCGGCUUCCUCAACUCGGGAACGGGCCGUGAAGUUGCGGGCAACAUGGGGCUGUACGACCAGCUUCUGGCGCUCCGCUGGCUUCGGGAAAACGUCCACCGGUUCGGCGGCGACCGCGACCGCAUACUAAUCGCCGGACAGAGCGCCGGCGCCAUCGCGUCCUCCAUGUUGAUGGCGAGCCCGAUAAUGUCGCAGUACGGCCCGUACCGCAGGGCGUUUCUCAUGAGCGGCUCGGCGUACUUUCCGCUGCCCCGGAACGAGGGACCCGAAGCGCGACGGAGCUUCUCGCGCCUGGCCGCCAACGCCGGCUGCCAGGCGCGCCGGAUAUCUUGA